AUGGUCAUCCCCAUCCCCGCAUCUCAGGCCAAAACAUGUGUUAUGGAAAAGAUGAAAGACAAGAUGCACAUCUCAGCACUCACAACCGGCCUCCUAGGCCUAGCAACCACAGCCUCAGCCCAGCUCAUCCACCCCAACACCACCGGGAUCAUCACCAGCAACACCACCACCACCACCACCAACAGCCACGCCGACAAAACCGGCGUCCCCAUCAAGGACUGGGCCAUACAUCAAGGCCCAGGCCCAGUUAUAAUCCCCACAAACACCACCAACGGCAGCACCAACAAAACCCACCCCAAGAAAGAGUGGUUCAAAUACCACCCCCUGGGCCGCCCCGGCGGCCACGGCCCUGUGAUCAUCCCAGACGACAAGUGGGACGACAUCCCCACCACCACCACCCCCAACACCUCCUACAGGCUCUGGCUGACACCAGGAGACGAGGACGUGGAGGAUCCGGCCCUCAACCGCGACCCCCGCCGCGUCUCAACACAAGACCGCCGCCGCCGACUGAUCGCCAAGCGCGACGGGCCGGGGGACCCCUUACCCCCGCGCGACAGGACCCUCGCCGACCACAUGGAGAACCACGGCUCCAUGCUGCCCGAGUGCUACAAGACGUGCAUGCGCAAGGUGGACGGCAGGGACUCGAUCCACAUGGGCAAGGACUCGCUCGGCCUCAUCUGCGGCAGCAAGUGGACCAUGUUCGCCUGGUGGAGCGAGCACCCCCUCUACGGCUGCGUCAACGGGGAUGGCGGGUGCGCCAACAAGGAGGACCACCGCGUCGCGUACAGGUGGCUCAAGUGGACCUGUGGGAACAGGCCAGCCUGA